GGGUCUGGAGCAAAGAGGGGUUUGGUCCCUCGCCCCCUUCCCAAAUCCCUUUUAGGAUUCUGCUGCUCGGCGCUGGCGCUCUGUUCAUGCCCAGAGCCCCUCCCUGGACUGCGGCGUUUCCCCGGCCUCCUUCCCAUGGAGACUUGGCGGUUCGCGUCCUCCGAGGCUUCUAGCCUUUCCUAGCUCUGUGGGGAAGGACGCGGCUUACGUGCCGAGUGACGCCGGAAGAGCCGGGCGGAAGUGCCCGCUGGGGGCGGGGCAGGUCGACCUGUGACCCGCGCCGCUCCGCCCCCAAGGAGCCGGGCUUCGUUCUCCAGCCGCGGGGCCGCGAUGGCGGAGGUCCCUGCGGGGUCGGUGGUGGAAGGCGGCUGGCUGGAGACGGCGGAGGGCCGGGAGCUCCUGGGGGCCCUGCUCCGGGAGAGGAGUCGGAGGAGGGGGCGCCGCAGCUGCAGCCGCAGAGCCUUCGGGCUGCUGGAGAGGCCCCUGCUGCCCCCGGGAGCCGCCGCCGCUGACGUGGCCGCCUACAAGGUCUUCGUCUGCGGGCGGAGCGGCGUGGGCAAGACGGCGCUGGUGGCCCAGGCGGCCGGGAUGGAGGCGGCCCCCGCGCCCCAGGAGACCAUCGGCAUCCAAACCACCCCCGUCUUCUGGCCGGCGAAGCUGCGGGAGAGUGGCAAGGCCCUCUUCUUCCGUUUCUCCUUCUGGGACUGCGGAGAAGCCGUCCUCAGGAAGUUCGACCACAUCCUGCCGUCCUGCCUGGAGAAGGCGGACGGCGUGCUCCUCUUGUUCUCCUUCACGGACCGCGCCUCCUUCGAGGACCUCCCUCUCCAGAUCUCUCGCCUGGAGGCAGCCGAAGGGCCCCCAGCGCCUCCGCUCAAAAUGGUGGUCGGCACCAAGUAUCCUUCGCGGCUCAGCGCCAUCCGGGCUCCAGAAAGACCAAAGCCCCCAGGAAGGCUCUCUGCAGGCGCUCAGAGGCAGCUGGCCUUUUGCCUCCAUCGCAGGAGGCUCUUCCCUUGGAAGGCACCAGGCUCUUCUCCUCCGCUCUCAUGGCCAGCCUCUUUAAUGUCAUGGCACCUGGAACCAGGGACCUUCCUGGAGAGCCCCCCAGGCAUCCUCACGCCUGGCUCUCCCCAAACGGUGGCUCAAGAUGCCCAGUUUGCUUUGGACGUUGAACUGGGAAAUCAAGGGGCUCCCAGCACCAAGCGUCUGCUUAGGGCACGGCUUCUGCCACGGUCGGCUUCUGCCUUUCCUUGACCACUUCCCUCCAGGUUUGACCAGUUUGCCCACACGGACGUGACGGAGCAGGACCUGGCCGCCUUCCGCCGCGCCUGGGGGCUGCCCGUCUUGCGGGUGAAGAGCGCCCGUGCCCCUCGGACGGCGGACGGACAGACCCUGGGCGCUUGGGCCGGGC